UCAGCAUAUCUCAAACAAAGGGCACAGACCACCUUACCUUGUUGCACCAAAAUCUCUUUCCCAUCUCACAUCUAUAAAUAGGCAAGCAAAACCACCAUACCCUUCACCUAUCUCUGCACAACCAAACAUAGUACAGCAUUUUCGUAUCUUCACCUAUUUCUUUACUAAACCAGUACUUAUACAAGUCAUCAUUCCACACCAUUACAUUCUUAAAUCUUUACAUUCUCUCAUUCAAAACUAUGGUUGUCAUGUCUAAGCAAUCUCCAAAGAUUGAACAGUUUUGUGUAGUGAAUUCUAAGCAGUCUGCCAACACAUUGAUUCCCCUCAUUGACCUCUCUCAGCCUGACUCAAAAUCAUGUCUUGUUAAGGCCUGCGAAGAAUUCGGCAUUUUUAAAGUCAUCAACCAUGGCAUUCCUACUCAAUUUAUAUCCAAACUUGAAUCGAAAGCAAUUGAGUUUUUUUCUUCACCCAUGUCUGAGAAAGAGAAGGCAGGGCCUCCUGACCCUGUUGGCUAUGGAAAUAAAAGCAUUGGCCCGAAUGGCGACGUGGGAUGGGUUGAAUACCUUCUCUUGUCCACAAAUUCUGAGAAUGAUUGUCAAAGAAUUGCAUCAGUUGUUGGUGAAACCCCUGAAAACUUUAGUUUGUGUGUGAAUAAUUAUGUAAAAGAGGUGAAAAAGAUGGCCUGUGACAUCCUUGAAAUGCUGGCAGACGGGCUAAUGAUUCAGCAAAAAAAUGUUUUUAGUGAACUCUUGAUGGAUAAGCAGAGUGACUCUGUUUUUAGGCUGAAUCACUAUCCACCAUGUCCAAUGCAUAAUGGUAAAAAUUUGAUUGGUUUCGGAGAACACACUGAUCCACAAAUCAUAUCAAUUUUGAGAUCCAAUAACACAUCAGGCCUUCAGAUAUCAUUGGAAGAAGGCUCUUGGAUUUCAGUUCCAGCAGACCAAGACUCAUUUUUCAUCAAUGUCGGUGACUCCUUGCAGGUGAUGACCAAUGGGAGAUUUAAAAGUGUGCGGCACAGGGUUCUGGCAAACAGUCAUAAAUCAAGAGUAUCAAUGAUAUAUUUUGGAGGACCACCGUUGAGUGAGAAGAUUGCCCCAUUGCCUUCACUGCUCAAGCAAGGAAAUAGCAACAGUUUGUACAAGGAGUUCACUUGGUUUGAGUACAAAAAAUCUGCAUACAAGUCGAAGCUUGCUGACAACAGAUUAUGCUUAUUUGAGAAAAUCAUAGCCUAAUUGAAAUACUUAAAGUUUCUUCCUGCCUCGUUUACGAGAUGCUACUAUCUGAUAGAAGCACAUAGGUUUUAGGAGUAGCUGGUAUCCUCCGAAGAUUUUGAGAAAGAAGUCUAUCGAGUACUGUAAUUCUAUUUCUUAUUUCUUGUAUCCAAAUUUUGAUUUAAGCUGUUUUUUAGAUAC